CCCCAAGUAUGUUGUGUUUCAAAAUUCAAGAUCUUCGCUUUUAUCGAUUCUUAUUUUUCAAUUGAAUUCAAUUCCGACUUUUCAAAAUCACAUCCACAAUAUCUUCAAAACCCACAAAGCUUCUCACUCGCUCUUCCCUCUCUGUUCAUCAGUUUCGCGAGCAAAUGGAUAGAACGAAAUCGACCACAAAAUCACGCCCAUCCACCGCGGAUCUGCUCACCUGGUCGGAAGUUCCCCCGCCAGACUCUUCCCUCGCCGUCUCCGGCUCCGCCACUCGCUCCCACCAGCCGUCCGAUAGAAUCAGUAAAGUGCUCCAAGGGGGUCAGCUCACAGAUGAAGAAGCUGAGGACUUGUUGAAAAAGAAGAACUGUUCGGGGUAUAAAAUGAAGGAAAUGACUGGAAGUGGAAUUUUUGCAUCUAAUGGUGAAGGGGAUGCAUCGGAAUCUGAUAAUAAAACAGGGCUUCGCAUGUAUCAGCAAACUUUGAGUGGAGUUAGCCAAAUAUCCUUCGCUACUGAGGAGGGGGUAUCUCAGAAAAAGCCUACUUCAAUUCCAGAGGUGGCAAAGCAACGUGAGUUAAGUGGGACAUUGCAGAGUGAUUCUGAUGCCAGGAGUAAGAAGCAGACAUCAGAUGCUAAGAACAAGGAGCUUAGUGGACAUGACAUCUUCGGAGCUCCACCUGAAAUAACACCACGAUCGUUGGCAGCCUCGCGGAGCUUGGAGUCGAAAGAAAGUAAAGACAUGGGUGAACCAGCACCUAGGACCCUGAGAACAUCUGUUAAAGUUUCAAAUCCUGCUGGAGGCCAGAGUAACAUCCUGUUUGGAGAAGAUCCAGUGAUGAAAACAGCUAAGAAACUACACAACCAGAAGUUUCAAGAGUUGACUGGUAAUGAUAUAUUUAAAGGAGAUGCUCCACCGGGUUCAUCCGAGAAAUCGCUGAGCUCGGCCAAGCUAAGGGAGAUGAGCGGAAACGACAUCUUUUCUGAUGGGAAGGCGGAAUCAAGGGACUACUUUGGGGGUGUUCGUAAACCACCCGGUGGUGAAAGCACCAUUGCUUUAGUUUAAUCUUAGCUCCUAACUUGAUUUGAAUAGUUGGACAUUCUUGUCUGUGUUUCUACUUGAACUUCUAAUGUUGUUUCACUGAUCACUUGCACUUAUAGCCUAGACUUGGGUAGCGAAAGAUUGUGGUAUGCUUUGUUUAAAAUCUCUGGUUUCGAUCGUUAAAAGGAAAUCCAGGCUUUGACUGAUCGUUGUAUAUUCCUUUCAACUGUUAGUAGACAAUUU